GCUUUCUGCUCAAUCCCGAGGUCUUGAGAGGUAAAAUGUAUCGUCUUUAUUCACAGGCCUUCACCGGAGUUUCAUUCACUUUUUCUUCCUUGAAGCAUUUUUCACCUCUGCCGAUAGAAAAUUCAAACCUUAUUCCUGAGAGACGUUUUAGUAAAAAGUGCUCUUCCAUCGGCUGAUUAUUACUAAACACACAGAUAAACCGGAGGCAAGACUCGACCGCUACUUGAUCUAGGCCGGGAAACGAAAGUGUGAUAUAAUUCGGCGGACAUGCCUAAAUCCAAGAAGAGGAAUAGCCGGCCCGCCGGUGGUCGGUCAAGAAAUGUUCAGCCGUUCAGCGAUGAUGAUUCGUCGGUGGAAACAAUGAGUCACUGCAGCAGCUUUAGUGAUGCCACCAGCUUUGCAGAAGAUGGUGGUGAAGUUGAUGAAGAUGCUGCACAAGAAGACUUUGAAUACAAACUGAAAGGACUCAUUGAUCUUACAAUGGAUAAGAGUGCGAAAACCAGGCAAGCUGCCCUUGAAGGUCUGAAGACAGGGCUGUCCUCCAAGCUAGUGUAUGAUUUUAUUCUGGAACGCAGGCUCACUUUAACAGAUUGCAUCGAGCGCUGCUUGAAGAAAGGUAAAACUGAAGAACAGCGUGUAGCUGCUGCCGUGGCGUGCCUGCUUUGUUGUCAGCUGGGGUCAGGAAUGGAAAGUGAGGAGGUUUUCCGAUCUCUGGCACCUGUUCUAAGGACAAUCAUUUGUGACAGAAGUGCAGCCAUACAGGCACGGCAAGCUUGUGCAACAUACUUGGGGCUUUGUUGCUUCAUUGCUUCUGAUGAUAUUGAGGAUUUGUACACAACAAUGGAGUGUCUGGAGAAUGUCUUCACAAAGCAGUAUCAUUCUGAAGGUGGGAGCGACUGUUCAGCGCUGCACAUCCAGGCCCUUCUUUCAUGGGCACUGUUGCUGACCAUUUGCCAUACAAGUGAAGUAAAGAAGAAGCUAGACAUCCAUAUGCAUAAAAUCCCACGGCUACUAUCUUGUGAUGAUGUGAACAUGAGGAUUGCAGCUGGCGAGACUCUGGCUCUUCUGUUUGAGCUUGCACGGGACGCUGAAAGUGACUUUUAUUAUGAGGAUUUGGAGCCACUAACACAAACCCUGAAAGCCUUGGCUACUGACUGCAACAAGCAUAGAGCCAAAGUAGACAGAAGGAAGCAACGUUCUGUCUUUCGUGAUGUCCUCAGAGCUGUUGAGGAGGGCGACUUUCAGUCUGAAACGAUUCGUUUUGGAAGAGAGCGAAUGCAUAUUGACUGCUGGGUGAAAAGGCUCACGUAUGGAGUUUUAAAGGAGCUGUUUGGGUCCGGCAUGCAGUAUCAUCUCCUGACCAAUGUGUUUCUGCGCAGUAUUUUUGAGCUCGGUCCCCCCCUGUUAUUGGAUACAGCUACUAUCAAAUCAAUGAAAAUGUCUCGUGGUGAAAGGCACAUGAACAACUCUGCGGCGUUCAAAGCUCGCACGAAAGCUCGGAGCAAGCUGCGGGACAAGAGAGCAGAUGUUGGAGAGUUUUUCUGAAAAUUCAGCAUGGAAUCCCACCUACAUAAAGCGCUAAUCAAAAAUAACAAUCCUUACAAUGGAAAUGUGUUGGCAAUCCUUUCUGUCUGCAUAACUGCUUUUGAAAUAUUUAAUUAGCAUUUACAUUUAAGUAGGUUAGACAUAAAUAGCCUAUUGUGGGUGUAUAUAUUUGGUUAAUGGUCCCAUUUGGCAGGUUGUUGUAGUAAUGAAAUAGCUUUUGGUAAUUUUAAACAAACUGCACAUUUAUUAUGUAGCGCUAUGUAAUGGAUAUAUUGUGUAAUUUUGCAUAAUUGUAAAUAACUCCCAUGUGUUCAGGAUGAGCGCUGUGAGGUUUGUUGUACAUUGCAUAUGCAGGCCACUGUGACCUAGAGCUAACGCUUUACUUUACAUAGAGUUGGAUUUUUUUUCUUAAUGAUUUAUCUGAAUAAAGAAACAUUUGCUUCA